AUGAAGAUGGGAUGUGAAAUAAUCGUAAUUGUAGCCAGUCUCCUCCUGUCAUCGCUGUCGUUUGUCACAGCUACCGAGACCGUUGACAUCUGUUCAACGAACUUGGCCGAUGGGAACAAGUACAACGUCUCAUUUGUGUCCGCAGACUACGAGCCGGCAUUUUCUAUGGACGCAGUGGAAAGCCGCAGCAAUCUCGAAUGCAUUUUGAUUUGUAAAAGGCAAUCUCGUUGCAGAUCGGCAUAUUACGACAAAGGGAACAAGACGUGUCAUCUGGUUGAUGUAUCGCAGUCGACCACUGGCUAUACCACUGCCUCUGCAGAGGCUGCAGGAUGUGUGACCAACGUCGCGCCGAGUAUUGUGGACCUUAACUUUGAAAGCACCUUUUCGGAAUGCAGCGCAUCUCCGUGUGCCGUGGCCGGAACAUGUCGUGGAGACUGUGUGAACAGCGAGGCUGUCUGUAUUGGUGACGGUACGGACUGUGACGAAGUUCCGUUAUCCAAUGUGUACCAGUGGUCAACUACCUCAGCUUGGGGCACCGACUCUGGUCAGUUGUUUACCAUUUCUUACACCAAAAAUAGUGCGACCACUGGUUUGUAUUUACAGUGGGUCGGCACCUUGAGGUCGGCGUACAACUGCGGAGGCUGCGCGGCACAGUAUUACUUCACCAUUGACAACGCAGAGUGUUCCAACCCCUACGCCAUCGAUUGGUCCGAAUACCACCCCAGUGGCAGAGAUUUUCUCAAAAUUGCCAACUUUUUUGGUAUAUGCUACGGUAUUGGUGCAGGAUCGAAGACCAUAGGUUUUAAUGUACGCCACGUAAGUGGCAGUGGCGACCAUUACGCGGGAUGGAACGCGAGAUCUCGUGUCAUCAUAGCAGAAGUAGAGGGCACCCCCGGCACAACCACCUGUGACUCGCUGACUGCCUUUAACCUUCAGCAUUUUGCUACCGAUUACUACGCCGGCACAAGAAGUGAAAAUGCUCACUGGACAAAUUCGUACGUGAAGCGUGCAAGUGACACCUCCCUGCGCCUGCGCUUUAGCGGCAAUCUCUAUGAGCACGGCAACGGGUACUGCUCCCGUUGGUACUUCAAGUUCAACGGAGCAGAGUGCUCAAAUCCUGGAACUCUGGAAUUUAUCUUCUACCUUCACGGGGAUACCGGAGCCAAUACGCACAGAGGUUAUUCGUUUAACGGAAUCUGCCAUGGGCUCUCGGCGGGGACAAUCUCAAUCACACUUCAUGUGGGGGCAUGCAGGUCAGGGCAUGGUGUCAACAACCCUCACACUGGUUGGAACAUGAAGACACAUCUGAUGGUAGAAGAGACUAGGCUGGGACAAGAUAUCAGUGCAAUUGUGUCAAAUGACGGGUCAUUGGUCCGCUUGGCUGUGUUUAACCGUGUACAGUCCUACUGGCAUCACAUCAACGAUCACGACGAUGUCGACUCCAACAUUGCGUCAAUAUCGUACACCAAGAAGUCAGCGAUCAGUUCGCUCCAUGUUGUCUGGUCCAUUAAUUCAAGGGUCUAUCACGACGCCCAGUGUUCCCGUUGGUUCGUGACUUUCAAUGGAGCAGAAUGCUCAGAUCCGGGAAAUAUAGAGAGUGUCAUAUACGAAGACGAUGUUAGUGGCAACUCACACUCAGAUUGGUAUCAGCCUAACAUGAUCGAAGGUAUCUGCCAUGGUUUGAGUGCCGGAAGUAUCAGCGUCAAUCUAGCUGUCGGGUAUUGUGGUGGCUACGGCGCUGGCGAUGCACAUUCUGGCUGGCAAUCUGGCACCUUUGCUAUGGUGGAAGAGGUCUUUAUGGGAGCAUGA